AUGAAUGUUUUCAAAAAACCCCUGGAUUCUGAGCGGAAUUUGCAAGCCUCGCUAUACAUUGGUAAUCUAGACGCCGAAGUUGAUGAACCAUUGCUCUAUGAGCUAUUUAUUCAGUUAGGUCCAGUGAAACUGCUCAACCUUCCCAAGGACCGCAUUCUGCGGAAACAUCAAGGUUAUGGUUUUGUUGAACUACGAACACCUCAAGAUGCAGACUAUGCUUUGGAGAUCCUCCGUGGCAUUAGACUCUUUGGCAAGACUUUGAAAAUGAAGAAGACCGACCCACAAGCAAGCACACCCUCUGCAUCUGGUGCAGGCACCGGAGAGGAUAUCGGUUUAAGCAUUGGAGCGAGACUUUUCAUCAAAAAUUUGAACCCGAUGGUUGAUGAUAAGUACUUGAAAGAGACGUUCGGUAAAUUUGGAAACCUACUUGAAGCGUCGGUCAUGAGAGACGAUGACGGGAAUUCUAAAGGUCAUGGCUUUGUUGAAUACGACAACUUCGAGGCCAGUGACGAAGCUAUAGAAAGGAUGAAUGGGGCAAUUCUUAUGAACAACAAAGUGAUUGUGGAGUACGCAUACAAGGACGGCAAAGCAAGACAUGGCGACAGCGCCGAAAGACUUCUCGCCGAGAAGGCCAAAACAAACAACAAGUAUGCUGGUGUGAACUUUAUUGAGAGCUACUUCAGAAGGGGCAUAUACCCUGCGGAGCUCCCAAUUGUGUUUGGUCGUGAGGCCUCGGGUGUUGUGGCUGCAGUUGGCUCAGAUGUGAAUGAUUUCAAGGAAGGGGAUAAGGUGCUCUACUUGUCAUCAAAGACGUUUGCACAGUACACCAAGGUCACUCUCGAUGACAAUUACCAUUUCAUUCGCAAGUUGGAUGAAGAUACCUCGGAGGAGAAGUUGAAGUUGUUCGGAUCAAUUCUAGUGCAAGGGUUGACUGCCAUCACCUUCUCACACGAAGCUCAUGCUAUAAAGAAGGGAGACUUCGUGGUUGUUUGGGCAGCUGCUGGUGGAACUGGCCAAGUCUUCGUUCAAUACGCAAGCUCUCUUGGUGGCCGAGUCAUUGCACUUGCUUCGAGUGAGGAGAAAUUGCUGAUAGCUAAGGACCUCGGAGCUGAGUUUCUUGUCAACUCGAAGAACGACGAUGUUGUUCAAAAAAUCAGAGAAAUCACUGGCGGGCACGGCGCUGAUGUUAUUUACGAUGGUGUGGGAAAGGACGUCGUAGACACUAACUUUGAAAUAGUUGCCAGAAAAGGCUCAUUUGUGACCUUUGGAAAGGCAUCCGGCUUCAUCCCUCCAUUUUCCAUCUACAGACUGAGCCCCAAGAACGUACGCAUUUCCUCACCACAACUCUUUAAGUACAUCACUGAGAAGGACGAGUGGGAGCAUUACAGCAAGGUCUUGAUCGACCUGGUCAAUAAUGGAAAGAUCAAGUUCAAGCUUGAAACCUAUCCAUUGAAGGACUACGUGAAGGCUGCAAAAGCCUUGGAGAGCAGACAGACUACCGGUAAACUUGUGUUAGAAAUUCCACAGUAA